CGUCUGGGGAUAUAACGGCGGUGGCGGGGGGCGGACCCGGAGGAUGUGACGUCCAGCUCGGACAGGAGAUUGUACCACAUCCCGUAAACGCCGCUCGUUAACGUUGAUGUUUGGUGGGGAUUAUUACCAGGAUGGCUGAGUGAGUGAAUGCAGUUGACUCAGGUGAACAGAAAGAGGAACAGCGAGGAAGAACGGCCCUAAAAAUCAACCACCGAGCUCCUACAAACAUGGAUCUAACUUUUGCAUUAUCAGCUAUUAUUUUCACGCUUCUCGCUAUUGUGGUCGCGACGUCGCUGUUUAACGGCUCUUCGCCCUCAGUCGACUUUGCAAACGCGCGGAGUUAUUUCAGACACCGAGGGGACGGUGCGGCCGGGGGAUUAGAGAAGUCGGGGCCGAAGCAGAACGGCCAUGUACCCGAGGAGAAGAAGAAGGCAGUGGACGACUGGUGUGAGAUCAGCGGGAGCUCACACGACCACUGGGAUGUGGUGAAAUCUGUACAGUCAGAGGAGGCACAUCCCCAACCUCACACUGAAGAACUGGCAACACCAGUUGAGCACUCCUCCUCCACAUCCAGCCUGUCCAUCCCCAGGCCUGGAUCUAGGCAUAUGAGCUUAGAGGUAGACUCGUCAUCCGAGGCUUCAUCAGGGAGGGGCCGUAGGUCAUUCAUUGGGCUCUCUGAUAAGGAACUCCUAAAGUGUGCUUUCUCUCACCCCCAGACUGAAGGAGCCACAGAGAGCCCAGGGAUCAAUGAUAAGGUGGAAUCAAACGCAAACGACUCCUUGAAGUACGUCCCUGGAAAGGCGAGAUCCCACCACUUGCAAAUGAUGAUGUCCAAAGAGGAGCUGGAGGAGGAGCAGAGGGUGCAGAGAGAGCAGCUGGCAGCCAUCUUCCAGCUGCUGAAAGACAACAAGGAGACGUUUGGGGAGGUGUCGGAGGGAGACAUGGAGGAGCAGCUAAGGCUUUACUCCAUCUGAGACUCCUCCCUGACUCAGCUCUUUGUGUUGCAUUGCACCCUCUGACUGUGAGGGCUACUGAAGAACCCGUCCAGUGCCCCUAUUCUUCAAUAAACCAGUUCACAGUAUUCAGCACAGCUGUACCACCGAGUCAGCAGCUCUUCUCACUUGUAAUUUAACAUAACAUACUGAUUUUUGUUUUCUUGUGCUGCUUUUUUUUUGUGACAUUGUUCCAUUCAAACUACAGUCUGUCUUUAAGCCUGAAAAAGGAGCAAAUGCGUGGUUAAGUGUGAGUUUGUCUCAGGGGAGUCUGGCCACUGUAUGACAACUACUUCAAGGCUGUUGUUCAGGCCAGUUUGUAUUACUUGUCAUCCAAAGUGCAGUCCACAUGAAGACCAAAGGCACCAAAAACAGCAGGACCUUUCCCCACCCAGAGCAGAAGGGAGUGUCUAGCUACCAAUUUGCAAAUAAGGACCAAAAGAGAUAAAGGACUAUUGUUAUGCUUUAGUUUUAUAUUAUAAUAAAAACAAAUGUUAAUUUAUUACAAAACUUUUUUUAAUAAUUCAAUUCCAUCUUUGUCUUAUGUUUAACUUUUAUCUGUAACAGGUAUGAAUCCUUGCCAAGUUAGCUCUGCAUAUCUUCCCCUUUGUUGCGUAAUAAACCACAUUAUGCACUAACGUGAA